AUGGUUCCACCCCCGACACACCAGCCCAGGACCACACGUCUCACCCGCCAGGCUGUACGACUAUGCACCGCGCACCCCCAUCAGUUACAGAAUGUUCUUCCUGCCAAUUCCCGGCAAUGUGAGCCGAGCCUUUCCCCACUCCGUCAUCUCAAUUUGGAACCAGCUGCCUUUCUCUAUCAUUCCCCACCCAUUUCACCCAAAGAACAUCCGUCUGCCAUACUGCCAAUGCAAAUAAGUCACCAGGAGUUUGCUGAUGACAUUGUCCUGGACUUCUCUGACUCGGAUAAACACCUUGUGUGCAAUGUUCUCUCAAGUGCUGUCUCGAAACUUGCUGAUUGGCUGUGCAGUAUUGGACUUGUUCUGAACUCGCUAAAACGCAAGUGUUGUUCAUCCAGCCCCGUGGCCGUCCCAGUGCCAUGCCUGGUAUUUAUUGCAACGAUAUUCGUCUGUCAGUCACCACAACAGCUAAGUAUCUUGGAGUCCUUGUGGACGACCAACUCUCUUGGCAACCGCAUGUUGAACAAGCUGUACGCAAAGUGUCUGUUGCUGUGGGACAGCUCUGGCGUCAUGGACGAGCACUGUCAAUCACUGCACGCCGCCUAUGGUACAUACUUGGUGAUGUCCGUUGCUAUGGUGUUCCUGCUAGUAGCAUGGUGUGCACCUUGUUAUGCCGUACCUGACUGUGGACCCUGCACAUGUAUGGACGGAAUUAUCGAAACGUGUCUUGCAAGUACCUUGAAACACAUAUCCCUGGCUGGCAAUAUGUUGACAGGCGUGUCUGCAGGAGCCCUUCAACGCCUCACACCAUUGACUAACCUGUCUUUGGCAAAUAAUAUCUUGACGCAAGUUCCGGAGGAUUUGCUUGAAAACCAGCGAGGUUUGAAGCAUCUGCAUUUGGAAUAUAACGAGCUGUCGCAGCUACCGGGGGCACUGUUCAAAAACCAGGCACUUUUAGGUCGCCUGUCAUUAGGAAAUAACAAACUACGUUCGCUGCCACAGGGACUGUUUGAUCCGUUAAAGAAACUAAAACACCUGCGGUUGGAGAACAACUUACUGACCCAAUUACCCGAUCGUUUGCUUUGGCAUACAAGAAGAUUACGUUCAUUACGCAUAGAUAACAACUCACUUUCAGCGAUACCCACUGGACUGCUCUCCGAAACGACACAACUUGUGAGAUUCAAUGUAUCGUACAACAGGAAUUUAACCAUUGAGCGCGGGUUUUGGACACAUCUACCGUCUGUUACUACGCUAGACUUGUCGCACACCAGCGUGAGGCACAUGCAAAUAAACAACGAAGCAUUCUCACCUCUCGUAGAACUGCUAGACCUGUAUUUGUACGGAGUCUCUCUCUCUUCCCUUGACCAAGGAACAUUUUCGAUGAUACCAAAACUUGUCAACUUGCAUUUUGAUCAUAAUAAUAUAAACACUAUUGGCAGUGGAGCCUUCUCCCAGCUAGGCUCCAUGACACAGCUAAACCUCAACAAUGUGUUUGCCAAGUCAGGGAAUUCCACCAUAGAGGCGUCAGCAUUUACAAACUGGCCAACCCUCACUCAACUGGAUCUGGGACACAAUAAUUUGCAGCAAAUCAGAAAUGGAUCUUUCCAGCUUGAGAACUUAGCUAAUCUGGACCUAAGUGGCAACAGCUUUUCUUCUCUCCAAGGCGGAGUGUUUGACACACUUCCAAAGCUUCGUCACCUGUCCUUGACAAGGUCACAUAUUAUCGAACUGAAUCCUAUUGCCCUGUUUUCUUCCAACAAGGCCCUUGUGAAUUUAGAUCUGUCUUAUAACAAUCUUACUCGGUUUCAGUCCGUGUUCCCAACCUUGCCAGCUCUGAGUGCGCUUGAUUUGUCUCACAAUAGAAUUUCCGCCAUUGAAGCCAAUGCCUUUUCGGCUCUAACAUCUCUUACAGCUCUGAAUCUUUCUGCAAACUCUCUCGUUUCCCUUGACAACGGAGUGUUUUCAAUGAUUCCCAAGCUUGUCAAAUUGAAUAUUGAACUAAAUCCAAUCCAGUAUUUCCGCAGAGGAGCCUUCUCCCAGCUAGCGAGUAUGACACGACUAAAUCUCAACUCACUCCUUACUGAACCAUUAGCUGUAGCCUUGAUUGAAGAGUCAGCAUUUACAAACUGGACAACGCUCACUCGUCUUGAUCUGGCAGACAAUCGCAUUCAAGACAUUCAGGUCGGAGCCUUCCAGCUUGAGAACCUUACCACUCUGGACCUUCAGUUCAGCUCAUUACGCAAUGUUCGACUUGGAGUGUUUGACCAACUUCCACAACUCCAGCGCUUGUCCAUGGGAUUUUCCCCCCUCGGAGUCCUGCCGGCUGGGUUGUUUUCCAAGAACAAGGCCCUUCUGGAUUUAUCCCUGUGUGCUACAAGAAUGCGGGAAUUCCCCGACUUGACAGGGCUUCCAGCGCUCGCAAGAGUGGAAUUGAACCUCAACCAGAUUUCCAACAUCCCUGCAUUACCAGCAAUCCCCUCUCUGACUGCACUCGAUCUAACGGGUAAUGUCAUUUCCACUCUGCAUCCGAGGGCCUUUGUUCAACUGCCAAAGCUGAGGAAUCUAAAACUGGGUGAUAUCACAGUGCUGGACUAUCGACUGUGCCAACUAAAAGUGCCCAGAGAUUUCUCGAAGCGCGAGCGCUUACAAAGCACUGAUGCUGUACUGAACUAUCUUUCAAACACUUUGAAUGCAUCGUAUUGCAAGCAGCCCUGCACCACCUUAUCCUUGGUCAAUAACUGUGCACUCUGUAGUGGUAGUCUUGCCACAUACACAUGCCUAGAUCAUGACGAGUGUCAACAAGGUUCUCAUACCUGCAGUGCCAAUACCAACUGUGCUAACACAGUAGGGUCUUACCGAUGUACAUGCCUAGCUGGGUAUUCAGGAGAUGGCAGGUCUUGCACAGACGUAAACGAGUGUGCCAGCAACACUCACCACUGUGAUAGAAACGCCACGUGCUACAACACAUUGGGAUCUCACACAUGUACUUGCAGCCGUGGAUUCAAGGGAAAUGGAACAUCUUGCGCAGACGUAAACGAAUGUGACCUUGGAACCGAUGAAUGCUCUGAAAAUGAAUUUUGUACAAACUCAAUAGGAGCAUAUAUUUGUGGCUGCAAAUCGGGAUUCGAGAGAAGUCCACACCAUUGCACGGAUGUAAACGAGUGUACCACUAGGACUCACGGCUGUGAUGGAAAUGCCAUGUGCCACAACACAUUGGGAUCGCAUACAUGUACUUGCAGGUCUGGGUUCACAGGAGAUGGAACAUCUUGCACAGAUGUAAACGAGUGUGCCGCUAGCACUCACGGCUGUGAUGGAAAUGCCAUGUGCCACAACACAUUGGGAUCUCAUACAUGUACUUGCAUGUCUGGGUUCACAGGAGAUGGAACAUCUUGCACAGAUGUAAACGAGUGUGUUGCUAGCACUCGCAGCUGUGAUGGAAAUGCCAUGUGCCACAACACAUUGGGAUCUCAUACAUGUACUUGCAGGCCUGGGUUCACGGGAGAUGGAACAUCUUGCACAGAUGUAAACGAGUGUGUUGCUAGCACUCGCAGCUGUGAUGGAAAUGCCAUGUGCCACAACACAUUGGGAUCUCAUACAUGUACUUGCAGGCCUGGGUUCACGGGAGAUGGAACAUCUUGCACAGAUGUAAACGAGUGUGCCGCUAGCACUCGCAGCUGUGAUGGAAAUGCCAUGUGCCACAACACAUUGGGAUCUCAUACAUGUACUUGCAGGCCUGGGUUCACGGGAGAUGGAACAUCUUGCACAGAUGUAAACGAGUGUGCCGCUAGGACUCACGGCUGUGAUGGAAAUGCCAUGUGCCACAACACAUUGGGAUCUCAUACAUGUACUUGCAGGCCUGGGUUCAUGGGACAUGGAACAUCUUGCACAGAUGUAAACGAGUGUGCCGCUAGCACUCAGGGCUGUGAUGGAAAUGCCAUGUGCCACAACACAUUGGGAUCUCAUACAUGUACUUGCAGGCCUGGGUUCACGGGAGAUGGAACAUCUUGCACAGAUGUAAACGAGUGUGUCACUAGCACUCACGGCUGUGAUGGAAAUGCCAUGUGCCAGAAUACUUUCGGAUCUCAUACAUGUACUUGCAGGCCUGGGUUCACGGGAGAUGGAACAUCUUGCGCAGAUGAAAACGAGUGCUUAAGUCGGAGACAUAACUGCAAUGAAAAUUCCAUCUGUUCAAACACGAUUGCAUCCUUUACAUGUGCUUGCAAACCUGGAUUUAUGGGGAAUGGAAUAUCCUGCACAGAUGCAAACGAGUGUGAAAGCCGAAGAGCCAACUGCAGUGCGAAUGCCGCCUGUACAAAUACAUUCGGUUCCUUCAUGUGUAGGUGCAACACUGGAUUCGCCGGAAAUGGAAACACUUGCACCGAUGAGGAUGAAUGCUACGGUGGUGCUCAGUACUGCAACGGAAACUCGAUGUGUUCAAACACACCAGGAUCGUACUUAUGUACCUGCAGAUCUGGGUACAUAGGCAACGGUAUCUCCUGCACUGAUGCAAAUGAGUGUGAGAGCGGUACACACCGCUGUGACGAGAAUUCCUUGUGUACAAACAUGGACGGAUCUUUCACGUGUUCCUGCAAAGACGGAUUUACAGGAAAUGGUGUAUUUUGCACAGUCGAUGGCACUCAAGUGAAGACUGAACAGAAGUAUAAACUGGGCUAUGCCAGCACAGCACCGAAGCAUUCGCCUAACAUGGUGGUACAAGCAGCCUUGAUUCUACUUUUUAGCGUGGCCUUUCUGUACGUGAUGGAAUGAAGAAUUGAAUUGCAGAAUUCUAGUCCUCUGACACAUAAUUAUCAUCUCUUUUUUUUGUCCUGCCCCUGCUCCUUGAUAUGUAUGCUGUCCACUAGUCCCAUUACUAUCUGCUACUUAUGUUGGCUGGUGUAGAUGUGUUCUGAUUUUGAACGCAGUUUUGCGCUAGAAAGAGCACUUUUUCGCAGCCAUUCUUGACAUAGGUUACUUUUGUUUGUUUGAAGUUUUAUUUUACAUCGCAAACCAAACGGACAUUGAUGCCCAAUAUUGUUUUGUUUUGUCCAAUAUUAUGAUUGCGAUAGAAUAAAAAAUAAAAUGACCAGUGCUCUGCAAAAACGAGUUUGUGCUGGA